AUGAUCUCGGCUGUCUCGUUUGUCUUCCUUCUGGCAGUGGCGCACGUUGCGCUCGUCAAUUCGUACGGCCUUCCGGCAUCAUCGAAGGACUACGAGAUCAUGUCGAGGAUAGGAAUGGAGAAUCCGGCAUCGAACAUGGUCUUCGGCGUGUACCGCCGAUGGAGAAGAAACCCGGUUCCCGAGCGAGUAUGCGGAGGCAGACUGAUGACCAAAGUGGUCCACGUUUGCAAAGGACCAUGCACAGCAGGUUAGUCGCCACGUCGCUCACAACCGAAACUAUCUGUUUUCUUCAGUAACCGGGAUGGAUAUCGCCACGCACUGCUGCAGCAACGAAUGCAACGACGCCUACGUCAAGAAAGCGUGCUGUCCAUGA